UAGACCAGAAGGAGCUGCAGCCACAGGUGAACACACGCACAGGACCUCACACCAUGGAAGGAAAUAUCCGCCCAUCCAGGGGAAACCGGAGGGACCAAAGGCUGCCCCAGGAUGACCCCUGGAAGUUUUUCUGCCUGGCAAUGACUCUGAUGCUGCUUCUGUUCGACCUCAUCCUAGGUGUGGUCCUGGCUGAGGUACUGCUGUUCUCCAACAAGAUGCAGGAAGACCUCAAGCAAAUGGACAUCCAAUUUGUGCAGGGUCUGGCAGAUGCUGGGCACGAGCGGGACAUCGUGUGGGGAGAGGUGUUCCGGCAAACGGAAGCUGUGCGGGCAGGCAACGAAUCCUCCUGCGAGCCCUGCCGUGAAAACUGGACGGCAUUUCAGGGCUCCUGCUAUCAAUUUUCCACACAAGAACUGAGCUGGUUCAAAGCCAAGGAUCACUGUGCAGAGAAGGAUGCUCACCUGGUCAUCAUCAACAGCCAAGCAGAGCAGAAAUUCCUGAGUCCAAAGGAAAAUAAUGGCUACUGGAUUGGCCUCAGGAAACAAUACCCAAAGGGCAUUCACAAGUGGCAAGAUGGCUCAGUCCCUACCUUCAUCAACUGGCGUGAUACCAGAUCUUCUCACUAUGACUGUGCCUUCCUGAUGGGUUCUGGCUCUUGGUCCUCUACUACAUGCUAUGCGUAUUGGUAUCAUUGGAUAUGUGAGAAGCCACAGGUCUGCUGAGAUGCUCCCUUUCCUCUGUCUUCAGUCUUGGGAAAGAUUGCCUUGAUAUGUGACCUCAUAACAAUUCCCCAGCUUGGCUGCAGAAAAGGGGGUCUCCUGAAAGCCCUAGUCCUCUUGGUAGUGUUGUCUCCCUUUCUUUCCCUUACUUCUAAAUUUUGUUGGGGUACAUGUAAAAUAACACCAGGAUGAAACAAUGAGCAAAAUAUAUCGUGUAGGACAUUCUACAAGACAAAUAAUCUAGUUUUGAAAAAAAAUGACAGAAAGGCAAAUGUCAUAUUAUUAGAUAUGAUAAAAUAAAAUAUAAAUAGAUAAAAUAAAAGAGUCUUAACUGAGAAUAAACUGAGAGUUGACGGGGGGUGGGAAGGAGGGGAAAGUGGGUGAUGGGCAUUGAGGAGGGCACCUGUUGGGAGGAGCACUGGGUGGUGUAUGGAAACCAAUUUGACAAUAAAUUUCAUAUUAAUUAAAAACACAAAUAAAAUUUGAAUCUCAUAUAAAAAAAUAAAAGAGUCUUAAUGACGUAACUCAAUUAAUGUGUAUACCAUGUUUGGAUUUUUAUUAGAAAAAGCUUGAAAAAAAUCACAAUAUUUGAGUAUGGAUUGUAUAUCAGGAAACAUUAAGGCAUUCUUAUUUAUUUGUUAGGUGUGCUAAUGGCAUGGCAUAGACAGAUGGUGGAUGGAUGAAUAGAUAAAUAGAUAGAUAGAUAGAUAGAUAGAGAUUUAUCACUAUAUGUUAGUAAUCUAUACUAACACGAACAUGGGUAAUACAUAGGGGUACAUUUGUGUACUCUGUGGGAUUUUCUUUAAAAUGAUAAACCAGGGGUGCCUGGGUGGCUCAGUCGGUUAAGCGUCCGACUUCAGCUCAGGUCACGAUCUCGCAGUCCGUGAGUUAGAGCCCCGCGUCGGGCUCUGGGCUAAUGGCUCAGAGCCUGGAGCCUGCUUCCAAUUCUGUGUCUCCCUCUCUCUCUGCCCCUCCCCCGUUCAUGCUCUGUCUCUCUCUGUCUCAAAAAUAAAUAAAUGUUAAAAAAUAAUUUUAAAAAUAAAAUGAUAAACCAAAUAAGGGGGAAGAUUGUAAGAAACUCAAUUGGUCGAGUGUUUAUAAUUAUUAAAC